AUCAUCUAUGGUAAAUUGGUACUUGCUUUCAUGAAAGAAAUUUUUUGACUGCUUUACUUAGACUUUUUUGUGUAAAUAAUUUGUUAAAUGUAUAAAAAAGGGUGUUUAGAUGUAAUUAAAGUGUUAUUUUUCAUUUUAUAAUGUCAAAUACUUCACUUGAAGGGAAACUUAAAGUAUUACAAGAACGCUUUGAAAAUGAAUUGCGUGUUCGAAGAGAGGAUGCAAUCCACAACCAAGGUGGUCUUGGAGCUGCCAGAGCUGGGGGCACCCGGAGGCCUAGACCUCCACCCAUGUUCUCUACCAGAGACAUACCAGCAUUCCCCCCAAGGUCACCUCAGGCCACUGACACUGAACACAGGAUGCGCGAGGUUUAUAAGGUGAGUGGUAAGCUAAAUGUAGAAGGAGUGGAAUACAGAUCCAGCAUAGAUGAACUACAACAACUAGGCGAAUUAGGCAGUGGCACUUGUGGACAUGUUGUCAAAAUGUUUCAUAAGUCUUCGGGAGCUGUUAUUGCAGUCAAGCAAAUGCGUCGUUCGGGCAACUCUGAAGAAACCAAAAGGAUUUUAAUGGACUUAGAUGUUGUAGUGAGAUCACAUGAUUGCCCAUAUAUUGUGAGGUGCCUUGGUUGUUUUGUUACUGAUGCUGAUGUCUGGAUAUGUAUGGAGUUGAUGGCUUCUUGCUUUGAUAAAUUGCUUAAGAGGCUUGGAGCACCAAUACCAGAAGCGAUUUUGGGAAAAGUUACUGUUGCUACUGUAAAUGCCUUAUCGUACCUGAAAGACACACACGGUGUGAUUCACCGAGACGUUAAGCCGAGUAAUAUUCUGUUGGACGAGCGUGGGAAUGUCAAGUUGUGUGACUUUGGUAUCAGUGGACGACUGGUUGACUCCAAGGCGAAGACACGCAGCGCGGGAUGUGCGGCGUAUAUGGCUCCAGAAAGAAUAGACCCGCCAGACCCAACUAGACCAGACUACGAUAUUCGUGCUGACGUUUGGUCUUUGGGCAUAUCGCUGGUGGAACUCGCUACUGGAGUGUUCCCUUACCGGGAUUGCCAGAAUGACUUCGAAGUACUCACCAGGGUAAUAGCAGACGAUCCACCAAAACUACCUGAAGGCAAUGAAUUUACACCAGAAUUCAAAUCAUUUGUAUCUCAGUGCCUAACAAAGAACUACAGACAGCGCCCGAAGUACGCGAAACUCCUGGAACACCCGUUCGUUGUGAAGUCGGCCAGAAGUUCCGUUUCAGUUGGAGAUUGGUAUUCCACAUUAUUUAUUUGUGGGUCAAGUAAGGCUGGAUCCAGUCUAUCGGUGAAUAAUGGUGAUGGGCCUGUGACCCCUCAACCUGUUAGGAAUUUUGUCACCAGCUCACAGCAUUGGAUGCCUGAACAAGUCACGCCAACGCCUGCAAGAGCGUGGUGGGCGAACAACGCCAGUCCCGGUGGAAGUAGUUCGCAGCCAACUAGCUUAGAGGCUGAACUCGCAAACCACUCACCGUACCCUAGGAGAAGAACAAUAGACGCAUGCGCCUCACCUCCACCUGCCCCCGUGAGGCGAGUGUCCACAGAUAAUAGAUGGAGAGCAUCGCCUACGAGUUCUGGCAACACUAGUCCCAUAGUUCUGCAAAGGUUUUAUCAUCAGAGUCAACAGCGGCGUUCGAGAGUGGAUUUGCACGCCACUCCGAGGCAUAGAAGUGUUAGUCGUGAGCACAGCGCCGGAAGGUCUCCAGAACCCCCGCCAAGGACCUCCCGGCACACAAGGCCACAUGUGAACGGCAGUAUGGAAUUAGAACCACCUCCCUUACACGAUAGAUUGCACCCACCAUCGCCCUUACUGCUCAACGAUAGGUUAUCAGAAGGACGAAGUCAGAGCUUAACGCGGGCUGAGCUGCGCAACGGGUUCCGCGCGGAAAUAGCUGCGCCUGCGCCUGCGCAUACGCACAAACAUCAUCACGAUGACCAAGGCUGGCUGCACUCGCUCGCCGGGCUGGUGAAGCGCCGGCUCAGCGGAUACGUCAAAUGGCAUCAUCUUGCAGCGAGGAGGGACAGGCCGCACGCGCACCACACGGCUGCCACGCGAUGGGGAACGAGCGAAAGUUGGUCCGUUCCAGCGUCGCCCUUACCGCCCCGUGCGCCACCGCCAAGACCAGCGGACUAACACACGGAUAUAAUUAAAUCACGGAAAAUUGAUAUGAAACGAAGAAAUAUUGCUUGCUAGUUGAGUACAAAUGGGAAUUAUGGCAUGCUUUUAAUCCUGACUCGUAAAUUAAUGUUUUGUCUUUAUCGCUCUCGUGUCGCUUUCCAAAUAAAUAGGAGACGGAAGAGUCAAACUUUACACGCACAAGGUUUUAAUGGAUUUUUCUAUUAUAAAAGAAAUACGUUUGUACGUGGAAAAUAUUUCAGCAGACAAGGGCUCCUUCAGUCCAUCUUUAAUAUGAGGACGUAUAAGAUUAAGACAGUGACAGAUGACAGAUGUCAUUUUGAGGUUUUUGUUUGAAGUUUUACGAUAUGUUAAAUAAAAUCAUGCUUUUGUUUCCCAAGUAAGAUAUUGGUCGUAUAUAUUUAGGUCAUCGCGCAAUUAUUGUUAUAUAAAUUAUUAUAUUAUGACGUUUUUGUAAUUUGAAAAUUUGCGUUAAAAUUAUUAAUUCAUAGAAUAUUAUCACGCAAUUAAGUAUCACAAUUCUCAAAUACAAACUGUAUUUUUGUGAUAAUUGACCGCGUGUCAAUUUGGUAAAGAGUACUUUCUAGUAUUUUCGGUAUAUUUCAUAAUUUUCCAGCUUUAAUAUGCAGUCAAUAAAAUUAAUGAGCCUCAAGAUUUUCACUUCAUAAAUAGCUUAAAUCACCAAACU